GUCGCAUCGAUAAAGGCUGAUGGUCUCACACCCUUUAAGAAGCUCAUCGCCACCUCUCCCAGAUCCUACGAGCGAAUCAUGUCGAGCCUCGAGGAUCAAAAGAUGUCGCCGAAGGGCGGUGAUGUGGUCACCGUCGAGUACCUCAGUCCACACGAUGCGUCUGCCUCCUCGCCGCGAAAGAAGCUUACCAACAUCGAUGCGCUCGCCAUUGGCUACUGUGUCGUCGCCACUUGGAUCGCCUACAGUGGUAGCAUUGCCGUCGCUCUCACCAGUGGGGGACUCAACAGUCUCUUCUUUGGUCUCUUGAUCUGCGUGACCUGCAACCUGGCCACAGCGGCCAGCCUGGGAGAGGCUUCGUCGCUCUUUCCGCACGGAAACCAGGAGACGUGGAGCUUCCAUCUGGCCCCCAAGGGCUGGAGCAAGCCCAUAUCCUACCACGUGGGCUGGUUCAUCAUGAUCGGCUACACGCUCCUCGGGCUGGCCGGCCAGACUAUCGUGGCACAGAUCGCGCUGGCCAUGGCCAACCUAUGCAACCCAGACUAUGUCAUUACCCGCUGGCAGACGACUCUCGUCAUCAUGUUUGUCUGCCUCUGUUGCACGUCCCUGGGUGUAUUCGGAGCUCGUGUAAUCGGCAUUCUCAACAAGAUCAGCCUGGUCUGGAACGUGGUAGGCUUCCUUGUCGUCACUCUCGUCCUCCUCAUCACGACGCGCGGUGACUACAACACGGGCAAAGAGGCUCUCGUCGAUAUUGCCAACGAAAGUGGCUGGAACAAUAACUUUGUCCCGUGGGUUGCUGCGCUCGGUCAGGCCGCCCUGUCGACGACCGCGUACGACUCGGUCUCGCACUUUGCUGCAGACAUGCGCACGCCCGAGACCGGCAUCGCCCUUGGCAUGGUGGCCGGCGUGGGCCUGAACGGUGUGGUGGGCCUCAUCUACGCAAUCGUCCUCUGCUUCACCCUCCCCGUCGACCCGACAUCGAUUAUCACUUCUUCCACUGGGUUCCCCUUUGCGCAGGUGCUCUUUGACAAGACAAACUCAAAAGCCGGCACCGUCAUUCUCCUCUUCCUCCUCCUCUUUCCCUUUUUCCUGAGUAUCUCCGACGUCAACAUGGCCGCGUCCCGAAUCGUCCGGCAGUACGCUCAGCAGGGUGGCCUCCCAUCCAUCUUUACGGGCACCAACCAUCGCCUGGGCUGUCCGACGAUGGCCACCGCGCUCGUGGCUGCCAUCCAAGUCUGCCUCUCGUUGAUCUACUGGGGCUCCACUUCGGCCUUUUUCAGCUUCAUUUCUUCACCCGCCAUCAUGCUGGCGCUCAGCUACAGUGUCGUUGCUGUUCUGAUGCUCUUUGCGCGUCCCCAUCUGCCUCGAAAACCCAUCUUCAGCCUCGGAAAGCCUCUUGGCGUCCUGUGCAACGUCGUAGCCGUCAUCUUUACCCUGUGUAUUCUUGUUUUUCUCUGCCUUCCCAGCACCUACCCGGUCACAGCUGUUUCGAUGAACUACACCAGCGUCAUCGUCGUCGCCGCUGUCCUUGCCGGCAACGUGACCUGGUUCUGCUAUGGCCGACACCACUACGUGGGCCCACCAGAGGAGCUGUAG